GCCGCUGUUGUUGGCCGCAAAUGGAGGGCGUCUCACUGUAUUGUCUGUGUCUGCUCACACAGGGAUGGGGAACGUGCGCUUAGCAUGUGCCGGGAAAGGCUGGCCGGGCCGCGGUGGGCGGAGGAGAGACGUGGCGGGUGGACAAUAAAACUUUCAUGGCGUUCUCUGAAGAUGGCAUGUUUUCCUGUUCACUCGAUCAAUAUUUUUCCUUCAACCAAAAUCAUCAAAAGUGGAUUAACUGGGAAAAACAUUGAUCAGGAUACCAGGGACAACUCUCUUGAUGCUCUUCAAAAUAGUGAGCUGCUGAAUUGAUGUUGUGGCAUGACGUGGAAAUAAUCAACGAUGCAAGAAUUGGAUGUUGACCAGAUCACACAUUUGGCAUUAACAGAGCGUUAUACAUAAAACUGGGUUUUAUAUUCUUGGCAGAGUGACCAUUUUGUUCUACAGAACAUUUCAAACAUUUGCUUUUAGUAACUGACGGCAAGUUGCAGACUGCUAACUAGAGUAUGUCUCUGACAGAGAGUUCCCAUCCUCUGCCAGACAAGAAGAAGCCUCCUGAUGAGAAGUUGCAAAAAGAAAAAAAAAUUCCAGGACAUUGCACCCUUUUGAACAGAAAUGAAAAGAUUGUAAUUACACGAAGUGACAGCUGUACAGAUGAAAAUGUAUUAAAAAUCACCAUCACGGAGACCACUGUCAUUGAAUCAAAUGCUGGAGUUUGGAGUGUCAAGGCCAUGAUGUAUCUUAGCCUCUGGUACUUCUUCAGUUUCUGUACACUCUUCCUCAACAAAUACAUCCUGACUUUGCUGGAAGGAGAACCAGGAGUGCUAGGUGCUGUACAAAUACUUACAACCACUGUGAUUGGUUGUUUCAAAAUAUACAUCCCAUGUUGUUUGUAUCGACAUAAAACCCGAGCUGAAUAUCCAUCAAACUUCCUUAUGAUUAUGUUCUUUGUAGGAUUAAUGAGGUUUACUACUGUUGUUUUGGGAUUAGUAAGCCUAAAAAAUGUAGCUGUUUCAUUUGCAGAAACUGUAAAAAGUUCAGCGCCAAUCUUCACUGUAAUUAUGUCUAGGCUUAUUCUGGGAGAAUACACAGGUUUAUGGGUUAACAUGUCUUUAAUGCCCAUAAUGGGUGGAUUGGCAUUGUGUACAGUUUCAGAAAUCAGCUUUAACAUGCUUGGAUUCUCAGCUGCUUUGUCCACCAAUAUCAUGGAUUGUUUACAGAAUGUCUUCUCUAAAAAAUUGCUUAGUGGAGACAAAUAUAAAUUCUCACCACCUGAACUGCAGUUCUAUACUAGUGCUGCUGCUGUGGUAAUGCUAAUUCCAACUUGGAUGUUCUUUGUGGAUAUUCCAGUCCUUGGGAAUAGGGUACAAAGUUUCAAUUUUGACCAAGAUAUUGUGAUGUUGCUGCUUAUUGAUGGAAUCUUAUUCCAUAUUCAGAGCGUGACUGCAUAUGCUUUAAUGGGAAAGAUAUCACCUGUUACUUUCAGCGUCGCUAGUACUGUGAAGCAUGCCCUUUCAAUUUGGCUCAGUAUCAUCAUCUUCAGCAACAGGAUUACUGCAUACUCUGCCUUUGGGACAGCAUCGGUCAUUGUUGGAGUGUUUUUGUAUAACCAGGCUCGGCAAUAUCAACGAAAAAAAAUCCAGUCUUUGGUAUCUUACAAUAACAAUGGACAGGAGGUUCAACAUCUGCUAAGCGAGGAUAUUUAAGACUCUCAAAAAUAAAAGUUACAAAAGUACAUUUUAAAAAUUCCAACUGUUAAAAAUUGUAACUGCUUCUAAAAGAUAGCAUUACUGUUUCCAAAAUGUUUAAGAUCCACAAUCGUCAAAAACUUGCAUUUAUAUAGUGUCUUUACCUUAAUGAAGCAUUCCAAGGCACUUCUCAUGAACAUUAUAUAAAGCAACUUCUUACAUGCAGCUGCAAAGAUUCAUGGGCAGCGUCAUCAAAGACGGGUUUAACGGAGCACUUAAAGGAGGAAAGAAAAGCAGAGAAGAUUAGGGCAGAACUUUCAGAGCUUGGGGCGUUCACGUGUGAAGACAUAGCCACUGAUGGUGGAUUAAUGAAGUUAUGGAUGGUAAGCUGUGGGUGGCCAACCAGAACUGCUCUGGACUAAUUUAAUCUGGAGGUAUUAAAGACAGCAAUGUAGAAAGUCAGGUGAUGCAAGAGCUGUAAAUAAAGGGGCCUGGUGAUGACUUGGGCAGUAUGGUUUGAAGCUGAUCUUGGAGGUCUGAUGUGACUGCAAGUUUGUGUACAACCUCAGUCACUUGACAGGGAGAGGGAUGGACUCUGAUCACCGGAGACAUCUGUGGGGCACUGCCAAGUACUUAGUCCAUUUAAAUAUAAUGGCAUCCUGUUCAUUUAAUCAAAACUGUAACUUUGACACCAAGAAAAAUUAACUAUUGCUGAUCUGUAUGCAGUCCAGAAAAUCUGUUUAUUUUGAGUAUACAGUAACUUCAGCUUAAUUUGUUUUUUUUUGUUCAAUGAAAUGGACACAGUACUUGACCAUUUAAAUGUAUUGCUUUUUUGAUUGAGAACUGUUAAUGAUUUAAUACUUUUUCUUCCUAAAACCAAGCUCCCAAUAUUUGUUUAAAACUGCAAUGAAAUGUGUAAUCAUUGAAACCUAUUUCUCAGGGUUUACUGAUCUGAACUGUUUCUGUCAAAUGCUAAACUUUUAACUAAUGAAUUGAGAGUUUACAGUAUUGUCAAAUUUCACGGAUUUGUAUUCAAUUAAGUUCAUGAAACUAUCCCUGUGCUUUUUGUGCCCAGAACUGAGCUUUUUAACAUGAAACAGCAAUCACUUGUUUACUGUGUAAAUUUAAACAUGGGGAGAAUGCAUUUUGAAUAUGAUAUAAAAUUGAUAUUUGUAUAGUCUUUUGUGGAAAAUACAACUGAAAACAAUUCUGUUGAUUUGAGCUCAACAUUAAAGAUUGCUGCUUUACCCAAGACAUGUACAGUAAUUACUCUCCAGCCAAUGGAACCUUGUCUGGUAUUUGCUACUUUUAACAGAACUCUCUCUUUUUUAACAAAAAUAUUACUUGAAGCUCUGCUAGUUGAAAUAUGAAUUCACUUCCCAAAUGCACUUUAAGGUAAACCACUAUAUUUAAAGCCUGAUGUUGUUCCUUUUGGGAAAGGCUUUCCUUGCCAACAUUGUUUAUUGUUGUAUUUAGUUAAGUAUAGCACUUUGUUUUUAAUUCUUUGUUCUAUCUUGAACAUUAUUAUGGGUUCAGAAUUGAAUAUCAGGGAUCCUGAUAACUAGAUCCUCCAAGUUUAUUUGGUCCUUGUGAUAUCCUAAUGUUUGUGUUGGAGAGCAAUUUGUAUGAUUUGCACAAAACCAAAAUGGUCUUGUUAAAGUACACAUCAAAUCAAUAAAGGGAAUUAUGCUGAAUUCUGAUAAUUGUAAGAAUGUCUGAACGCUAACCAACUUGGCAAUUGGAGCUGAUCAAUUUGUGCUUAAACAGUUUUGAUAUUACUAUAUAAAUGCUCUGAUUUAUAUAAAUAUAUGUUAUAAACUUUUUAAAUAUUUGAUUAAAUGCCACCUGAUUUUA